AUGAAGCCCGUUUCUCUUCUUGCUUUCCCCGCCUCCACACUGGCCGGUUCCGUGCUGUGGAGCGGGAUUUUCAACUCCUCUGCCACGGUUGCCGACUUUGACGACUGGUCCUGGUCCAACCAAAUCGAACCCUGGCAAUGGUACAUCCACGGCAGCGACAACACCUCGGAAUAUCUCGGCCUGUCCAGCAGCUACAAGAACCCCGCCGCCAGCGAUGCCCAAGGCCUGCGCACCACCAUUGAUGGAACCUCCUACUGGGAAGGCCAAACAAUGGAACGCACCGAACUAAUCCCCCAAACAACCUCCGACCUCGGCUCGGGCCACCUCUACUACCACUUCUCCCUGUCCACCUCCUCCACCAACCCCCCCAACGCCACCUACGAGCACCAAAUCGCCUUUUUCGAAUCCCACUUCACGGAACUCCAAUACGGCACGGCCUCCGGCUCCUCCGGAUCGGAUAAUACCCUCCGCUGGAACGCCGGCGGAACCACGCACUGGUCCGUGCAACUCGAGGCCGGGAACUGGUAUAACUUUGCGUAUGAUAUUGAUUUUACGAAUCAGAAGGUGGGGCUGUGGGCGAGUAAUGGGUCGGAGGUCUUGACGGAGGUGGUGAGUCCGGUGAGUGCCAGUGCAAGCUCGAAUUCGGCGGAUUGGCAUGUGGGCGUGCUCCGGUUGGCGGGGAGUGGGGUGAAUGAUGAUGCGAAGGAGGAUUGGUUCUGGAGUGGGGUUUAUGUCGAGGAGGGGGAGUUGACGACGGCAAUUGGCGAGGGGUCUUCCUCCUCCUCCUCCUCCUCCUCCUCUUCUUCGGCUUCCUCUGGCUCUAGCUCCGCUGAGGCCACCACUGCUGCUGCUGCUGCUGCUGCUUCUGCUGCUGCCGUGCAGACGACUGCUGCAUCAACCCCCACGGAAGUCGUCGCCGUGCAGUCUUCUUCUUCUUCUUCCUCUAUCUCUACCUCGACAUCCACCUCAUCGACGGCUACCACCGCCGUGACCACCCCCACUGCCUCUUCCAUCAUCGCAACCCCCACCGCAGUGGCUACCACCACUGCUGCCACUGCAGCAGGAUCCUCCCUCCCCGUCCCCACCACGGCGGCUGAGAUCCUCGACGACGUCAAAGCCUUGUUGACGGCACUGCUCGCGCGGGGUGGUGUGCAUGCACGGGAUUUUGCCAUUUAA